AUUUCAUACACAUCAGUCGCUGCAACCCGUUCGUGGUACUCACACGAAAUGGAUCCCAAAAUAUUCCUUAUUCUGUGCUUCAUUCCCGCUAUACUCUCACAAUGUACCGUGGAGAGAGCUGAGCCUCAGUUAAAACGCGCGAUCUAUGACUUUUCAAUAGAUCUAUUAACAAGAAUAUCCCAAGAAAAGGAGAACCAUUUCGUAGCUUCAACUCUGUCUCCGUGGACGCUAUUAUCAUGUUUGUCUCUAGGAGCAGCUGACAACACGCUAGCUGAACUGAAACAGGUGCUCAAACUACAUUAUCAAAAAUGUUUCAACAACAAAUACUUGGAAAUCGUCAACAGGAUCACAUCCAAUUCGGACCCUGAUGUCACGGUGGAAAGAAGUGCUAUUAUGUUUGCGGAUGAAGGACUACCUAUUAACGAUGCGUUUAAAAACAGAAUAGCCAGCACCGGUGUUAGUGACAUUGAAGUUAUUUCGCUAGGGUACGCUGAUGCCGCUGCAGCCACUAUAAAUGAUUACGUAAGCCGAGCAACACAUAAUGCAGUCGAAGACAUGGUAAAUCCAAGCGAUUUGGAGGACGUUUACCUAUUAAUGAUUGACGCUCUAUACUUCAAAGGUGCUUGGGAAACACCAUUCCUAGCAGAAGAAACAGAAAUAAGCGCGUUUUACAAUGAAAGAGGGAUCCAAGUAGGAGACGUUAAUUUGAUGUUUGUGAACGGCAUGUUUCAUGAAAAGGCUGUCGAUCAAAUUAAUGCUAAUGUUCUUGAAUUACCGUAUGGCAGUAGCGGUAGAUACUCUGCUCUAUUUUUCGUUCCGUAUCCCGAAGUUCCGCUAUACUCUGUCAUUGAGAAACUUAAGUUGAUCACUCUAGCAACAAUAUUCAAACAGUUCGAUGAGAAAGAAAGCGUGAUGGUGCAGAUACCACGGUUCAAAAUUAUGUCCGACUUGAGUAACAUGCGGGAAUUGUUAGCGGAUAUGGGAUUAGAGUCGAUAUUUGCGAGUCAGCUAGCCCGCUUUCCUUAUAUAUCUGACGUUAACCUAUCUGUUUCUGAAUUCUUCCAAAAGGCAAGUAUAGAAGUCACCGAAGAAGGUACUACAGCGAGUGCGGCUACAGCUGCAGAGUUGGUUUCGAGGAGCUUCCCCAAGAAGUUUACAGCUAACAAGCCUUUCAUGUUCAUGAUUGUUGAUAAACAAUAUGAUGUACCUUUGUUCGCUGGUGCCUACUCGAAACCGAGUGAAUACUGAAUAAUUUAAUAUAACCAGAACAAACUAAAUGUACUUAUAUAUUUUUAAUUAUACUAUUGUUAUAUUUACCUGUAUUCAUCAGCUCUGUAAAGUGUAUAAAAUUAUAAUUUUAUAUUGUUAAAAGCUAUUUAUUAAACAACGAUUACUUUA